UUCAAUCUCUGCCCAUCACGGGAAGAGUACGGCGCUGGUGUCGAGAACAUGGUUGCGUGCCCAACUUGUGGUGAAUUUACUAUCGUUUGCUGCCAACACCCUAACAAAAAGAUGCCACCGCCACCGCCUCAUCAUGGUCGAUGGAGCAUGCGCGGACAACGGAACUCCACAAGCUCGGGCUGGAAUGGGCGCAAUCUGGGGUAAUGACGAGGAGUCAUGCUACAGCAGGGAGAUAUCGGAAGAGAAUGAUGCUGGCCAAAAGCGGUCCAACCAGCGAGCCGAAGUUCUUGCAGCUAUCCACGGUCUGACGGCAUUUAGUGAAUGGACUACUAACGAACCCUCGCCGAAAUGGAUUGUCGCAAGCGACUCGCAGUACAUGGUCAAGGGCAUUACCGAGUGGCUGCCGAGGUGGAAGGACAACGGUUUCAAGACAAGCCAGGGACAGACGCCUGCCAAUCUCGAUUUGUUUCUUGCGUUGGACGACAAGAUCAGUGACUUGGAGGCACGCUUUGACUGCGAGGUGGGCUUCUGGUCCAUCCUCCGCAAGUAUAAUUCGAGAGCUGAUGCUCUUGCUCGUCAAGCAUCCUUACUUGCGGAGCCUGGUUCGGUCGAUUUAUUACAUGCAGAACGGGUAUAUACUAGUCCGAUAUAUUAUGUAGGUGCAGCAGGUGCAUUAUGGCUAGACAAAGCAUCACCUUAGCCCUGCAAGCAUGGCACUCGGCACAUCUUUCGAUAAUACACGUUGGUCGAGUAUGAGCUUAUCA